AUGGCUAUUUGCAGAGAAUUUGGCAAUCCAGAUUUGUUUAUCAAAAUGACUGUCAAUCCUAACUGGAGAGAGAUUAAAGAGCAUCUUGGGAAAUAUGGUGGAGAUUCUCCCAAUGAUAGACCAAACAUUGAAUGUCGGGUCUUUAAAAAGAAAACACCAAGUGCAGAAGAAGUAGAUGAGAUAAUUUCAGCCGAGCUCCCAAACAAAGAAGAAGACCCAGAUGCUUACAAUUUAGUCACGAAACACAUGAUCCAUGGUCCAUGUGGUCUCAUUAAUCCAAAGUCACCAUGUAUGAAAAAUAAUGUGUGCACGAAGAAGUAUCCUUGGCCGUAUAAUGACAACACUUCGAUUGACAAUUCAGGAUAUGUAUUAUAUCGUCGGCACCGAAACGACAAUGCGUCUGCGGUAAACGAUGGGGCAAUCCUAGACAACACAUUUGUUGUACCACAUAAAAUUAAGCUCCUGAAGAAGUACGAAGCUCAUAUUAAUGUUGAAUGGUGUAAUCGUACAAGCGCAGUAAAGUACUUAUUCAAGUACAUAACCAAGGGUGUUGACAGAGCAACAACUAUUAUUGAUAAAGGAAAGAAGGCAACUACAUCUGACCCAAUGACCUCUGGCGAAUCAAAGGAGACACUCAUCAGACAACGCAAUGAGAUCCAAGACUACGUCGAUGCUCGAUAUUUAUCAGCUUGUGAGUCUAUGUGGCGGACGUUCGCAUUCCACAUACAUAAAAGAAAGCCAUCAGUUGAGAAGCUUAUCAUUCACUUAGAAGGCGAACAUAAUAUCACGGUUAAAGAAACUGAUAACCUCGGCCGUGUAAUCCGCAAGCCAGGUAUCGAGAAGACAAUGUUCACUGAAUGGAUGGUUUUAUGCAGAAGGUCAAAGUUUGCACGGACAUUAACGUAUGUGCAAAUAGCAGAAUAUUUCGUAUCGAACAACAGUACUAAAGUGUGGACUGAACGUAAGAAAGGCAAAACCAUUGGGAGAAUCAUAGCUGUUCAUCCAUCAGCAGGUGAUCGUUACUAUCUAAGGAUCCUCAUAAAUAAGAUCAAGGGUCCUAGAAGUUAUGACGAGCUCAAAACAUACAAUGAUGUGAAAUAUCCUGACUUCAAAUCAGUUUGCUACGCACGCGGCUAUUUGGACAAUGAUCUUGAAUGGGACGAGAGUAUGUCAGAGGGUGCUAGAUGGGCUACCCCAUACCAACUCCGUGAUAUGUUUGUCACAUUCCUAAACAACUGCGUCGUUACGAGUCCUAAAAACCUAUGGGAAAACUCAUGGAGAUCAAUGAGCGAGGACAUACUUCACAAGAGGCAGAGAGUCUUAGGUCAUACAAAUCUGGAGCUGGAUGAUGAGACCCUUGAGAAAUACACAUUAAUCAAAGUGGAAAAGUUGAUGCGCAUACAUGACCGCUCAUUGAGUGAUAUUAAAGAGAUGCCAAAAAUCAAACCUAUUUUGCUAAAAGAACUGGGAAACAAUUUGUGGAACCAAGAACUGGAUUACAAUGUUGCCGAGGAAACACUAAGACAUGACAUGCAAUACAACAAACUUAUUGCUGAUCAACGGGCGAUUUACGAAUCAGUCUUAGACUCUGUUGAUAAAAUGGACGGGAAGCUAUUCUUUGUAUAUGGCGCAGGUGGCACAGGGAAAACAUUCCUACACCAAACCAUUAUAUCCAUGAUUCGAUCAAGAAAACAAAUAGUUCUGUCGGUUGCCUCUUCAGGAAUAGCCGCGUUGUUGCUACCUAACGGUAGAACAUCGCAUUUGCGCUUCAAUAUCCCUUUAAAGCUCACCGAAGAUAAGCUCUGCAACAUCAAACCAGGAACAAUGCUGGCUGAGCUAAUCGAGAAAACGGACCUUAUAAUUUGGGACGAAUCACCUAUGACACAUAAGCAUGCUUUUGAGGCACUGGACAAAACGUUGAAAGACAUAAUGUCUACGAAAAAUCCUUCCGCAAAGGAUCAGAUUUUUGGUGGCAAGACAGUUCUAUUAGGAGGUGAUUUUCGACAUAUACUACAUGUAAUUCCACAAGGUAACAUAGCUGAUACUGUCUUAGCUUCAAUAAGUCACUCAUACCUAUGGGAUAGCUGUCACAAGUUCACUUUAAAAACAAAUAUGAGAGUUAAUCAGGAAGAAAAAGAGUUCUCCGAUUGGCUCCUUCAGGUCGGAGAAGGUCAUCCACAACUAGAAUCGGGAUAUGAGUGUAAAGACUACCAUGAACAAAUGAUAAUUGUCGAUAGAUCAUUGAUUCGUCAGAGUUAUCUUGACCCAUUAAAAGAAGUUUUCGAUGCCGCAUAUGAAGAAGUCAACAAAAUGACAACUUCUCAGACCUCAUACACUGAUAAAGCUAUACUCACACCCCGUAAUGAAACAGUCGAUGAAAUCAAUGCUUAUACCAUCUCGCAGACCGACGGGGUGUCAAGAGAUUACUUCAGCUCUGACAGCUUUGAGAUAUCGGACACCGAAACAUUAAAAAAAAAAAAGACUAUGCAAUUGUACCCGUAUGAUCCUAACGCACAUAGGCGACUGCAUUCUCAAGGCAGAAAUUAUCACUGGCUCACACAUUGGAGAAGAAGUCUUGAUCCCAAGGAUUGCUCUUUUGCAUGA